AAAUUAACCAAAUUGUUUUUUGGAAGCAGUUUAAUUUUUUCAUAAAGAACUCUUAACAGGUUUCUGAAAUUAUAAAUUACGAUAAGAAUAAUAGUUUUAAAAAACACUAUUACAGAAAAGACGUAUUUCUCCAAUUGAAACAGCAAAACACUAUAUAGAAAUGCAAAAAGACCCAGACACUUUAUACAAAAAAGAAGUAGAUAAAACAAAAGGUUUUGGCGUCUUUUCUUUUGAAAAAAUUCAAAAAGGUCAAUUCAUUGCCCAAUACAGAGGAGACUUAGUGCCAAAAAAAGAAAUGAACAACAAAAUACUAUAUUAUGAAAAAACUAAUGCUGGUAGUUAUGUUUAUGACUUUCUACACAAUAAUAUUGAGUACAGUAUUGAUGCCACAUUUCAUUUUAAUUAUAUUGGCCGUUAUUUCAAUGAUUCAAAAUAUUAUCCAAAUGCUAUAAUGAAAAAAGUUGUAUUGAAUAACACUCCAUCUUUAUGCUUGUUUGCAUUAAAGGAUAUAGAGCCAAAUGAAGAAAUACUAUACUUCUAUGGUGUUGACAAUUUAAUUUGGCAUACUGAAGAAUUAAAAAGGAAAAAUCAAAAAAGAAACAAAUCAAAGGCUUGUUCUCCUACAAUAAAAAACAUUGCAUCGUAUGAAGCUGCAGAAGACAUUGAUUUUGGUGUGGAAUGCACAAUAUCUAACUCGCCAUUUCACAAUUCAAGUUUAGAGGUUCGAGUUUGUUCUUCUAUAACAAAGGAAACUGAAUUAGAUGUCAAAGAACUUCUAGAUUCAGAUUAUGAAGGAAAAAAAAUUACCAUAGCCAAUCCACCAAGUCCUGAGGCUUAUUCUCCUACAAUAAAAAACAUUGCAUCAGAUAGUAAAGCUGUAGAAGAUUUAAACAUUGAUUUUGGUGUGGAAAAUGCAAUAUCUAACUCGCCAUUUGACAAUUCAAGUUUAGAGGUACAUGCUUGUUCUUCUAUAGAAAAAGACACAGAUUUGGACGAAGAGGAAACAAAUUCAAAAGAUUUUGAUAAGAAGGAAUUUCACCCAGAGAAAUUAGUUCAUUUAUCAAAAAUGAGUAACACCAAGGUCAAGUCAAUGAAAAAAAAACCAGGCAGAAUUUGUAUAUUUUGCAACAAAAUUCAAUCGAGAUUAACAAGACAUAUAACUUUAAAACAUAAAGAUAUAGAAACUGUUAAAUCAGCUUUGAAUCUUACAGACAGAGAAAAACUAAAAAUGUUUGAUAAAUUUAAAAAAGAAGGAAUAAAAAAAUAUAACAUUGAUCAAACAAAAGAACUAAAUCCUAACUUUCAAAGAGAGAGAAAGGCAAAAAAGACUUGUAAAGACACAGCAGAAAAUCUUGAGAUGUGUGGACAUUGCAAUGGCUUUUUUUCGAAACGCUUUUUAAGUAGACAUAGCAAAAAUUGUGACCUAAAUAAUUUAAAAUCAACCAUUCAUAUUCCACUUAGCUUGAUAAAAGACAAUUUUCUUUCAUCAUUUCCAAACGAAUUUGUUACAAAUGUUCUUGGAAAUAUGAGAAAUGAUGAUGUUGGUAAAAUUUGCAAACAGGACGAUAUCAUUUUAACUGUUGGUCUUCGUUUGUAUGACAAAAUGAAAAGAAAAUGCGAUAAAGCUUCAGAAGUUCUUAAAUCUGUCCGAAACGACAUGAGAAGACUUGGAAAUCUUUAUUCGAUUUUCAGAAGGAAUGAAAAAGUCCAUAAAAAAUAUAGUAACUCUAUGGACAUGUUUAAUCGAAUUAAUUUUGAUGUUUUAAGAAAUGCGAUUGAUGAAUAUACUAUAUCAGAAAACUGUUUAAAAUCAGGAUUGAAAAUUGUUCUCUCCUCAUUAAUAAAAAAAGCAGCAAAGAUUAUAAAGGGAACAAUACUUACACAAAAUGAUAAAAAUCUAACCUAUGAGGAAAAUAAUAAAUUAGUUUUAGAAAAAGUGCAAGAUAUUGAUUUGUUUGUAUCUGUUUUUGAAACUUGGAAAGGGUAUAUAUUUGGUGAUGCUGAGUAUGACAUAAACAAAAAGCGUCACCAAAAACUUAGGAGACCAACAAAUUUGCCAGAAGAAAAAGAUGUCCAAGUUCUUCAAAAUUAUAUUCUUCAGCGAAUAGAAAGUAUAAUGAAUGACAGGUUUAUUUUUUGGGACAGCCAUACAUUUAUCGAACUUCGCGACAUGGUUUGCACUCGUCUUACUUUGCUAAAUGCCAGACGUGGUGGGGAACCAGCUAGGUUGCUGUUAAAUGACUGGAAGGAUGCCGAAGAUGGUGCAUGGAUUAAACCACAACAUAUCAAAGAGCUAAAUCAACUUGAUAAAAAAUUAGCCAACUCAAUACAAGUUGCAUAUAUGACUGGAAAGGGAAACAACCAUUUAGUACCAGUAUUAAUUCCAUUAGAUUCAUUUGCAGUCCUUAGAAAAUUAGCAGAUUUAAAGAUUAGGAAAGAAGCUGGUAUUUUGGAAAAUAAUCCAUAUCUUUUCCCCAGCACAAAAAAUAGUACCAAUCAUGUUUCAGGUUGGCAUGCACUGCAUGCCAUAUGCAUGAAAAUAAAAACAAGUUAAUAAAACCAAAUAAACUUAGCAACAUCUAAUCGUCGCAGAGUAAGCACUCUAUUUGCAAUGUUGAAUUUACCACCACAAGAAAGAGAGCUUUUUUACCAACAUAUGGGACAUAGCCAAGCCAUUAACCAAAAUGUGUAUCAAGCUCCACCAGCAUUACUAGAAAUACUCAAAGUUGGUAGACAUUUAAUCGAUCUUGAAAAUGGGAUACAAAAGAAUGCUAUCAAUACUGUACCUCAGACAUCUACCAGUGACUGGAUGGAACACAUUGAAGAUUCAAGUGAUGGCAAAAAUUAUGACAAUGAUUGGGUGAUUGAUACAGUAAGCAGUAAACAAAUGAAUGCUAUCAAUACAGUGCCUCAACCAUCAACCAGUGACUGGAAGGAUCACACUGAUGACUCAAGUGAUGAUGGAGAUGAUUGUGACAAUGAUUGGACGCUUGAUACAGUAAGCAGGAAAAAAAAUAAUAAAAGAGUCAAUCUAAAUGAACAAAAUGAAACUGGUUUGUAUAAAAAAAGAAAAAAAACAGAGCUCCUACACAAUAAAAUAGCUGAAAACAAAACUGGGCGUUCAUACUUUCAAUGGAGCAAAGAACAAAUAAAACAUUUUUACAGUGUUUUUGGCUCAUUUAUUACUGGAGCAAACCAGGAGUAUUUUCCGGCAUUAAAGCAAAUAAAAGAAUUCAGUGAGCACUAUAAAAUUGAUCUUCACAAAGUAAGAACAAAAAUCAAUAAUGAGCGCAAAAAAAUGAUUAACUUACAGAAAAAAAGAAUAAAAGAAAUGAAUAUUUCAAACAUAUAAAAUUUUAUUUGUCAUUAUUUGUCAAAGAAGAACUUUUUACAUGAAGAGAUAAGGAACAAAAAUAUUUUCACAAAAGAACUCUUUAUUUUUUUAUGUUUAACUCAUACUUUAUAUACAUAACUGAAGAUUUU